CGUAAUGGCACAGCUAGCUAAACUCAAUUCAUUAUUAAUACAGCAGAGAGAAUAAUUCUUGGAUAUUUAAGUUAAACUAAUGGCGCCACAACGGUACAACUACUGAUUCAGCCGACCGACCCCAUGUGCUUCUAACGUAGAUCCACUGUACCACUCGCUUACACAUUUCCCAGGGUAGAGUAGACUCUCUCCUUAACCCUUAUCUCCACCUCUUAAAUCUCAAGUGACUUUACUUUCUUUAGAUCUUCUCCUAUCGAGACCUCAAGAAUAAGAAGUAAAGGAAAGGAAAGAAAAGAAAAUUCAGUAGUUUUGGAAGACAGAAUAUUGUUCUUCUUCGCAGUAGAAGAAAAAGGGUUAAAGAUUUGUUUCAUUAAAAUGGCAUUCUCAUUAUCAUUAUCAUCAUCAUCUAAUAAGCUGAUGAUCGUCCUUCUAUGUGUCUGUUUCUCUUACUUGGUUAGUGUUAAAGCUGAAGUAGUACUAGUACUCUCAGAUAGAACAAGUAGCUCUCAGCAACCACAGCUACUAGAGUGGACAACAAAUGCAUCAUCAGGUUCAGAUCAAUCUAUUAUCAUGGAUGAAGACGAAGAAGACUUGGCUAUCAAUGGUGAUGAUUUCUCCGAAGACGGUAUCAUGCGUAGGGCUCUCUAUGCGAGACAAAAGCAUUACUACAUCUCAUAUGGAGCAUUAUCAGCAAAUAGGGUACCAUGCCCACCUAGAUCAGGUAGAUCUUACUACACUAACAACUGUUACAAAGCUAGACAGCCUGCUCAACCUUAUUCUCGAGGCUGCUCAAGAAUCACUCGAUGCAGGCGAUAGAUCCAUAUAUUGCAUUGCUAUAUUCCUACCCACCCCCCAUUCAUUGUAGUUGUUUUUUUCUUUUUCUUAUUUUGGUUCUGUUUUGAUCUUUUCUUUUCUUUACUUUUUUUUUUCUUUUUCUUAUAUACAUUUGAUUUAUUCAGUCCAGAUAUUUUUCUUUGGGGUCGUAUGCUGGAUUUGGUCUAUGUAACUACAGCUUAAUAAAUUCGAAAUCUAUGGGAAAUUUUAUUUUUGAGCAA